CUGGAUUUGAGAUAAAGUCAUAUUUUUCGUUUAAAACCCACACUGAGCAGCUGUUUUGAAACCCCACAUUGAUAUUUAUUGAUAACUGUAAGUGAAGAAAUUAGAAAUGUUGGCUCGCACUCUGCUCUUCCUCCACACUAGCAAAGGCAAAGCUCUCUUCUCCACGCAUAUUGUGCCAGACAAACCCAUCCUCGUUCGGGACUUCAUACAUUCCGCCCUUUACCACCCCACUCAUGGCUACUUCUCUCAAAGUCCCGUCUCUGUUGGUGUGCUUCACAAAACCAUUAGCUUCAAUAACCUCCAAGGUAGGAAAGCUUAUAUGAAGUACUUGGAUAAUAUAUACAAGCAGAAUGACAUAGCAUGGUUUACUCCAGUGGAACUUUUUAAGCCUUGGUAUGCACAUGGAAUUGCAGAAUCCAUAAUGCGGACUGCUAAUCUUUCAGUUCCACUAAAAAUAUAUGAAAUUGGUGGUGGAUCAGGAACCUGCGCAAAGGGUAUACUGGACUACAUAAUGUUGAAUGCGCCGACCAGAGUUUACAACAAUAUGACUUACAUAUCAGUGGAAAUCAGUCCUUCACUGGCUGAGAUACAAAGACAAACUGUUGGAGAAGUUCGUACUCACUUGUCAAAGUUUAGAGUAGAAUGCCGUGAUGCUGCUGACCAGAGUGGAUGGGGGGAUGUGGACCAACAACCAUGUUGGGUAAUAAUGCUUGAGGUUCUUGAUAAUCUUCCACAUGAUCUCAUCUAUUCAGAAAAUCAAGUUUCUCCAUGGAUGGAAGUAUGGGUUGGGAAGAAACAUGAUAGGGAAACACACUCUGAGUUGUUUAAGCCAUUACAAGACUCCCUAAUAACACGUUGUGUUGAGAUCAUGGACUGGGAAAAAGAUCAUAGCAACCAAAGUGGUUCAGUGUCAAUGGCAAGAAGCAUUUGGUCUAAAGUUUUUCCUAAACCUCGAAGAUGUUGGCUACCAACUGGUUGCCUGAGACUACUAGAGGUUUUGCAUGGGGUGUUACCAAAGAUGUCUUUAAUUGCUUCAGACUUUAGUUACCUACCUGAUGUGAGGAUACCGGGUGAGAGAGCUCCAUUGGUUUCUACCAAGAAAAAUGGCAGCAGCUUGGAUUAUGGCAGUUAUUUGGAUGCAAAGGGUGAUGCAGACAUAUUUUUCCCCACAGACUUUUGGCUUUUGGAACGUAUUGACCAUUACUGUUCUGGACAGUUAAAAAUGCACAAAGAUAACUCAUCCAAGCAAGGGAAGAAGAGGCGAACAAUUACACUUGAUACUUCUUCAUUCAUGGAGGAGUUUGGAUUGCCAACGAAGACGAGAACGAAGGAUGGAUACAACCCACUUCUUGAUGACUUUAAGAACACUAAAUUUUAUCUGAGUGUUCCAACACAUAACAUUAAAUAGAUGGUUGGUUAACUCUACAAUAAAUUCUUGAUAUUUGGCAGUGCUUAGGCAGUCUGCAUUGUAUCCUUUGAAGGGAGGUUUGUUUUAUAAAUUAAGAGCUCUGUUGGCAUCCAAGAAAUGAUUUAGGCUGUGCACGAUGGAGUUCUCUUUGUUUGAGUUCGUACAAGAGGGUGUCUAUAGUUGGAUUGGAUAUGAUUCACAAAUUACUUUUUGGAGGACGGGUGGACUGUGCAUUAUUCAUGCAAGUGGUGAAAGCUGCAUAGAGGAGUUGCUUUUCAUUGUAGAGAAUAAACACAUCAGUCAAGGGGAAUUGAUAUAUGCAUUGCAUGCACAUGAUGAGAACCAAAGAUAUAUUUUUUGUUUGAGAAUCGGAUGAGAACCAAGAUAUGCAGAGGUUGGGCACUUGGCUUAUGCAUAACAUAGGUUUACUAAGUUAUAGCCAUUUUAAGAUUUGUUUUUGGUCCAACCUUUGUCGCUCAUAAAGCUUGCCCAGCAGGAGUUCCAUGUCUAUUUAUGCAGUUUAUGAUAUAUAAGCUACAGUUUACAGGGAUCU